CAUUUUGCUGUCAAGCACCAACACAAGAUGCUUCGCCGCACGGUGCUCUUCCUCGCCGCGCUCGCGGCCACGAUCGCCGAGGCGGUUGUGCCCGUCAACGUCAUGCUCGCCCUCGACACGGUCGUCUUGGACGGCGCGGGCAACACCCAACUCAAGGACCGCACCAAGCUCGACACGCAGUUCGGCAAGCUCAAGGCCAACGGGGCGACCGGCAUCAUGGCCGACUGCUGGUGGGGCCUCGUCGAGAAGGCGGGGCCGCGCCAAUACAACUUUGCCGCGUACCUCGACAUGGCGCAACUCGCGGCCAAGCACGGGCUCACGAUUCAAAUGGUGCUCUCGUUUCACUCGUGCGGCGGCAACGUCGGUGACGCGUGCAACAUCCCGAUUCCGAGCUCGUGGUUCACGCGCAACGACGUGUGGUACACGACGCGGUCGGGCUUGAGUGACCCCGAGUACAUCUCGCUCUGGGCGGACGCGACGCCACUCGACAAGUUUGGCCGGACGCCCAUCGACAUGUACCGUGAAUUUAUGACGGCUUUCAAGACCAAGGUCAUGGACGCUGUCCCCAACACGGUGGUGGAAGUCCAGAUCGGCGCCGGGCCCGCGGGCGAGCUCCGGUACCCGUCGUACCAGCUGCAAGGCGGUCGUUGGAGCUACUGCGGCAUUGGCGAGUUUACGAGCUACGACGCGUUCGCGGCCAAGAGCAUUGCGGCCCGCGCAAAUGCUACCAAUAACCCGUCGUGGGGCCUUACGUCCGGUCCGGCCAACGCCGGCAACUUCAACUGCCUUCCUGGUGUCUCGGGUGACUGCCCUUUCUUCUUGGACAACGGUUUUGACAACUAUGCGAGUGCGUACGGCAAGUUCUUCCUCGACUGGUACUCCUCGUCGCUCUUGGACCACGGCCGCGCGCUUUCCAAGGCCGGCCGCGCCGUCUAUGGCGCGUCGACGACGCUCUCGAUCAAGGUCUCGGGCAUCCACUGGUGGUACAACUCGAACCACCACGGCGCGGAGCUCACGGCCGGCUACUACAACACCAACAACCAGGACGCGUAUGCACUGAUUGCGAACAUGCUCAAGGAGAACAACAUUCGCUUCUGCUUUACGUGCAUGGAGAUGACGGACGCGAACGACCAGUGCCGCUCCCAGGCCAACUUGCUCGUCGGCCAGGCGCGCAACGCCGCGUCCAACAUCCUUGGGCUCAAGAACGGCUUUGCGGGUGAGAACGCCUUGCCCAUGUCCAACGAUGCCCAGGUCAAGACCGUCGUCGGCCACAUGGCGGGCGGCGCCACGUUCACGUACCUCCGCCUCACCGACUCGUUCGAUUGGGGCUACUUUGCGUGGAUCGUCACGAGCCUCAAGCAAGCCUAAGUCUUUUCGCGUCUACUACCUCUAGUGUCGUUGCAACCAUCAACACGGCGUGUCUGCUUGUUACA